AUGGCCCAAGAACAACAAUGGACGAACAAACAACGAUCCGUGGCCAAACAACAACAAUCGAAGAACAAACAACGAUCUGUGGCCCAACAACAACAAUGGACAAACAAACAACGAUCCGUGGCCAAACAACAACAAUGGAAGAACAAACAACGAUCCGUGGCCAAACAACAAUAA